CAAUUUUCUGGGCAUUCAGAACAAGUUACGAUUCUUAAUCUUUAAGUUACAAAAAUGAUUCUUUGCAUGGGCUGGCUGAGAUCUGACUCCACUGGACGAAAGCUCUCUGGCUGAAUAACCAUUCAAGCAGGUGUGAGACUGGACAAUGAGCACAAGUGGGCUAUUCGACUGUGCAGACCAUCACUGCCAAAACAGAUCCAACAUUUCCAGCAGGACUCUCAGGAUGAGACUCCAGACUAAUCACAUUUCUGUCCCCGACCUCAAAAAAGAACAGAUAGUUUGUUGCAUUUUCUGCGGGCGAGAAUCCAAACCCCCAAUGCAUUAUUUUUUCACCCUGCACUUCAAACACCAAUGGACCUCGUCGCAUUGCAGUUUAUGGAAGCUUCCCGUGCACCGUUCGGUUGUCGCGUUUCCCACGUUAUAGCACAGUUGAUUGUCUGGAAAGCAUUUUAGAAAGGCGCUAUUGAAAGGAAAGUUUCUGAAACCCGAGGUUCCACCCGGGCCUCUUCCUGUCUGAAGCACAGUCGGUUCCAUGCAGAUUCACCACAUUUUGACUCAGAGGAACAGAUUUUAAUUUAAAGUCAUGUUUUCUUCAACUAAACUGAAAAGAAUUAUAACAUUUCUCUUCCUCCAUUGGGGAGACUUUCUGAACUACAGUGUUAACUUGCUCUCUUUUUACUUCACAAGAAUGUCCUUUCUCCCUCGAGUCAUGCUCUCCAGUUUCCCCUUCUCCUCCACCCCGGCUCCGCCUCAGCGCGAACUUGUAAAGUCUCCAGCAGCUCCAUGUGUCUCCACCCCCACCCCGCUUGCUGACGCGUCCCGUCUCGUCCCGCUCCCGGGGAGACGGGCUGCACCAGAGAGCAAGGGGAGUGCUCGAAGGAUGGCGGCGGCGAGGGCGAUGGCCGUGUGCGCGGCGCUGCUCCUGACCGUCCUAUCCCGACCCCUCGCAACUGCCGCCUACUUCUCGGAGGAGCGGCAGCCCAGCGAAUCGCCGCUGCAGAGCCCCACCGUGCUGAUCGCCAUCAUCGCCAGGAACUCGGCCCACACCCUGCCCUACUACCUGGGGGCUCUGGAGAGACUGGACUACCCGAAGGACAGGAUCUCCAUCUGGGCAGCAACUGAUCAUAACAUAGACAACACAACUGCCAUCCUGAGAGAGUGGCUGACCAGCGUCCAGAGGUUUUACCACUACGUAGAGUGGCGGCCAAUGGAUGAGCCAAGAUCCUAUCCAAAUGAACUAGGCCCCAAACACUGGACGCAAACCAGAUUUGAAUACAUGAUGAAGCUGAAGCAAGCUGCACUCAAAUCUGCCAGGAAACAAUGGGCUGAUUACAUUCUGUAUGUGGACACAGAUAAUAUUCUGACCAAUAACCAAACACUCAACCUAUUGAUGGCUGAGAACAAGACCGUGAUAGCUCCACUGCUCAUCUCACAGACAGCUUACUCCAACUUCUGGUGUGGGAUCACUCCUCAGGGUUACUACCGCAGGACGGCAGAAUAUUUCCCGACUCGGAACCGCCAGAGGUUAGGCUGCUUUGCUGUUCCUAUGGUGCACUCCACCUUCCUGAUCGACCUGCGCAAGGAAGCCGCGCAGAACCUGGCGUUUUACCCUCCACACCCGGACUACUCUUGGGCCUUCGAUGACAUCAUCGUGUUCGCAUUUUCCUGUCGUGCCUCAGAGGUCCAAAUGUACGUGUGCAAUAAAGAGCGAUAUGGUUUCAUCAACAUUCCUGGCAAACCCCAGAGCACACUGGAGGACGACAACCUGAACUUCAUCCAUCUUAUGUUGGAUGCAAUGAUUUAUGGGCCCCCGAUGUUGCCAUCACAGUUCACCUACCUCCCGCCCAGGUAUCCGGAUAAGAUGAACUUUGAUGAGGUUUACCUAAUAAACCUCAAGCGGCGUCCAGAUAGACGGAAGAGGAUGCUUCAGGCGCUGUACGAGCAGGAGAUUGACUCCAAGAUAAUAGAUGCAGUGGACGGAAGUGCUUUGAACAGUAGCACCUUAAAAGCAAUGGGAAUUAGCAUGUUGCCAGGAUAUUAUGACCCAUACUCCGGCAGGACUUUGACCAAGGGAGAAAUUGGAUGUUUCCUUAGCCAUUAUUCCAUCUGGAAAGAGGUGGUGGAUCGAAAGCUGAACACAGCUGUGGUCUUUGAAGAUGAUGUGAGGUUUGAGGGCCACUUUAAGAGGAAGCUGAAGAGACUGCUGAACGAAAUUGAGAAUGUCAAUUUGGAAUGGGACCUUAUCUACCUUGGUCGAAAACUGGUCAAUCCCAAUCAGGAGGAGGCUGUGCCCAAUGUCCGUAAUUUGGUUGUGGUCGAGUAUUCAUACUGGACGCUGGCUUAUGUCAUUUCACAGCAGGGUGCUGAGAAACUGGUUAACUCUCAGCCAUUGAGUAAAAUGCUGCCUGUGGAUGAAUUCCUUCCUAUCAUGUACGACAAGCACACAAAUGAGGAAUAUAAGAAAGUUUACCCCAAACGAGACCUGUUGGCAUUUUCUGUCCACCCUCUCCUGGUGUUCCCCACCCACUAUACUGGAGAUCCUGGAUGGUUCAGCGACACUGAAACCUCCACCAUUUGGGAUGAUGACCUGGUGAAGACGGAUUGGAGUGGCUCUCAGAAAACAGUGAAGGCCUCGCAGGCAGGAGCCUCGCGUCAGUCCAUUGGAUCUGCCUCAAGGGAUGAACUGUAAACCUCAGCAUCGGUGUAAGUUUUCAGAAAAUGAACAUUCUCAGGAAGUUGGUGUUUCAGACCGACAGAACUGCCAAAAGAUGAAUGAAGAUCGGCCAGCUGUAAAUGUUGUGAAUUUCUAUCAAAGCUCAUCUGCCAGAUGCAGGCCGCACAGCUAGACAGAGAUGCUUGAAUGAGGAGCAAAAUUAUUCAGUCCCAUCUCAGCACUUUAACUGUGUGUAGUGUGAAGGUGGCACCCAUUACCUAAAAGGCACAGCCCUUAAAGGCAAAACAUUGAAUAAAAUGAUCCAGCUCAUCAACAAGGAAAACAAAAUAUUGUGCAUGUAGAUAGAUCCUUCAGGACCUUUGAACCGCAAAAGCCAAUUUAUAACCUGCCCUAAACAUGACUCGUUCCCACUAUGUAGUCAACAAUGUUAAAAAGAAUGCCUUUGCUUGAAGCAGACAGUGUCGGAACUUCCUGCUGGUCCGGCGUGCUCCCAGUGUUAAGAGGCAGCAGGCCAUUUAUGCAUAGAAAGGAUUGGUGCCCUGGUUGAGAUCAUAAGAGGGACAAUACAAGUUAAAUGUCAAGUACAGGCAGAAUGGAGCAAGCAGCCUCUGUGUGUUGUACCAUUCAAUUAUUCUGUGAAUUUGAGUAAGCAACUGUUUGAAACUCCUGGGUAGUAAAAGUAGGGUAAAAGACACUGCAGGAUGUUGGAGACCACAUCCCUAAAUAAGUAUGCCCUCACUCCACUGUCUUCUCUAAAUGGCCAUCUCCUGCUGAGGAAGUAAACCAUGCAGUUAGAAGUUUCCAAAUGAUCUGAUCUUAGCUGGCACAGUGAUGGCAGCAGAGGCACACCUGGUCCAGCAUGGAGUCCCUGAGAUAGAGGCCUACAUGCAAAUACUGGGAGAGAUCAGUUCCUCUGUGAUUGAACAACACCACAGCUAGUGGGGUAUCACAGGCAAGACUGCAAAAGCAGUUCAUAGAGAACAACCAACUGAUUUAAGACUAUUUCAGACUUUAAUACCUCUAGUGGCCCAUGGUCUAGAUAUUGAAGACUAUACAAUAAAAUGAAGCAAUGGGAUGACUUAAGUUCAACCCCACACUAACUUUAGAAAAGCAAUCCUUCCCCUAUUCACUAUCUUUGGUGGGGAAGAUGAACAAUUCAAAAUGUUUUCUUAAAAUGCUUCUAGCCAAUGUAAAAAUAGAAAUGUGAUCUUUCCAACAAAUUUGCAAAAUUGACUCCCAGCUAUGUCCUUUCGUUUAAUUGGUUGAAACUAAGUGUUGUAUUUCCUCUCAUUGAAAAAUACCUGGAGGUUCAGGGGUCAGGUUCUAAGACUGAAGAAACUCUAGCUCUAGUCUUAAAGUGGAUUCAUAAUUAGUAUUGAGUACAGAAAGGGUGAGUCUGAAGCACCAGUUCAGGUUAAACCCUUAUAGGGGAUGCAGAAGUGCAGGUUCAAACUGAGAAAGACAAACUCAGGACUGAUGUCAGCAAGGCCACCUUCACGGAGCAGCAAAGCUCACAGAAUGGACUCUGGAGAACAUCAUCCAUGAACAGUUAUCUGGUACAAUGGGCCAUGGCAGAAGCAUGCCAAGCCUUUCCAGCAGAGGAAGUUGCAAUGGGCAGAAAGUGGCCUUCCUCCUGUGUCCACCUUGUGACUCAAGUGUUGGAUUCAAAUGUGCCUUUUAGAGAUGGAAUCAUAACUGGGCAAAGGUUUCUCUGCUCUCACGCUCCCUGCUGCAAUCUUGGUCACUCUGUCUAUCAAUAAAUGGACAGAUGUUCACAAGUUGUAUGUUUUCUUUUAUAACACUCUGUGGAGGACAAAAGUUCUAAACUGGGAGCAGGGAAGCAGAAAACCUACCCUUCUGGUCAAUCAGUAACGCCGUUUUGCAGAUCUCUUUGUAUACUGCGUUUCAUUGUAAAUCUGUAAAAAUGUCUGACUUGCAUGGGGAGCAUUUCCUUGGGAUGUAUCACUGUUGUACUACAGAUUAAUGUUAUCUUCACCACUCUUUACACAGUUCAGCUGGUCUGAGUUUUAAAAAAAAGUCAUUGUAAAUUACAUGUUUGUUUUUUCCUCUUUUUCUUCACCAGCUCCUUUCUUGGACAAAGAUGCAUUUUAAUCUCCAUGUUAAUUAAAGCAAAAACCUAUGUGCCUGA